CUCUCGGUGUAGCAGCCAUCAUAUCACUCUGAUAGAAGUCCUGAUUAAAAAAAGCAAAGGAGCAGGACAGCCAUGGGUUUGUGCAGGAAUGCAAUUUAAAAGACACAUAUGUAAGCGCUGCUUGGCUUAUGCUUGAUUUUCGCGUGUAGGCCACAUCAGCUGCAGGUGGGGUAAUUGGCAACGACUUUGACCCGUUUUUUUUUUUUUUUUUUUUUUCCUGCGCCACUCGAUCCAGAAACAACAGACUACUCUUGAGGUCUGUGGAGGGGCUGAGGUGAAGGAGCAGAACCCCGGCCGUCUUUGCUGUUUGCCGUUCCUGGCUUGGUUUUAGGAGGGAGGGAGACGCAAAGCACUAUCUGAACCACCCGGAGCAUGGGGCAAAAGGUUCCAGGCGGCAUUAAGACCGUGGACAUGCGGGAUCCCACGACUCGGCCGCACAAGCUACAGUUGCAGGCCCUGGACUACAGCAAACCGCCACGGUUGGACAUGCUACUGGACAUGCCGCCUGCAUCCACCACGAUUCAGGUUCAGCACUCGUGGAACAACGACGAUCGUUCGCUUAACAUCUUCGUCAAAGAGGACAACAAGCUCAUUUUCCAUCGCCACCCAGUGGCACAGAGUACGGACGCCAUACGAGGUCGUGUCGGAUACACGCGUGGCCUUCACGUCUGGGAAAUCUUCUGGGCGCUGCGCCAGCGCGGCACUCAUGCUGUGGUGGGUGUGGCCACUGGGGAAGCCCCUCUGCACUCGGUAGGAUACUCGGCACUGGUAGGGAACAACAACGAGUCCUGGGGCUGGGACCUGGGACGAAACAAACUUUACCAUGAUGGCAAAAAUCUACCCAGCCAGACUUACCCAGCUUUUUUGGAGUCAGACGAAACUUUUGUUGUUCCGGAUUCGUUUCUGGUGGUGCUGGACAUGGACGAGGGCACUUUAAGUUUCAUUGUGGAUGGACAGUAUUUGGGGGUGGCUUUCAGAGGGCUGAAGGGCAGAAAACUGUACCCUGUAGUAAGUGCAGUCUGGGGACAUUGUGAAAUCAGAAUCCGGUACCUCAAUGGACUUGAUCCUGAGCCCCUGCCUCUCAUGGACCUGUGCAGACGUUCAGUGAGAUUAGCAUUGGGCCGGGAGAGACUGACUGAAAUACAUGGACUUCCUUUACCUGCCUCUCUCAAGAACUACCUGCUCUAUCAAUGAUAAUGAGUGUCUUUACUUAUUGUAAGGCAGAGCGGCUUUUCUCUCUGGGAUGCGUUUUCUCUUUUUUCCUUCUUUUUGACGGACUCAUUUUUUUCUAAACUGCUUUUCUCCUCACUUUGGUUUUUGGUACUUUGGGACUUUUAUUUUUACACCUAGGACGCCUCGGUCUCACAAUUGAAGUGUUUACGGUCAUGUUUUGCAUCCACUUUUUUUUUUUUUUUUUUUUUUUUUUUUUAAACCCUUGUUUUGUGGCUUGCUUCUGUCAUGUCAUAUGCUGAAUACACAAUGGGAGACGCACUGAACCCUGUGACACGAGCUGUCCCAGAAAAGAACGUGUCCGCAUGGCUGGAUGGAAAAUUGCACCGAGUUUGAAACCUCAGCUGUUGGCCAUGAUGGUUGCCUCUUUUUGUAGUUUUCAUUUUCCCGCCAUUCCUUAGCCAUUUUAAUUAGAGCUACAUGGAGACGUGUGCUGGGUUUAGCUUUUUGAAUGCUGGAUGUUUAAUUGUAGGUGGUCUAGCAGGACAUCAGUGAUGUACCUGCUAACUUGGUUGAGCAUGAAUUUAUAGACAUGUUUUUAAAAUUUUUUUUUUUUUUUAAUCUCCUAUGCUUGUCUUUCCUUUUCAGAAUUAGCAGGAGAGAUGCAUCUGAAUGUAAGGUGUUUUUUUUAAGCAGAAUGCCAAUAUAAAUUGACUCAUUGUAGCAGACUGAGUGCGUGGCAAUUGCUUUCCCCCUUUCCUCCUGGCAGGUUAAAUAUAGCCUGGUGUUAACUCCAGCACCCUGGCUGUCUGGCUUGGGAAAACGGGACUUGACCCCUGUGUCUGUAAUGGAGGUUGAAAGGCUAGCACUUGCACGACUUUACAAAGCUAGCAUACUCUAAUGGCCUGCCUCGUUGCUCCUACAGUUAAUACGUCCCUUUCCCAGACUACACUGUAAUAUCUGAAGUGCCUGUCCAUGGGAGCGAUUGUGUUUAGAGAAAGAGACAUGGUUUUAAAUGAAAAGAAGGAUGGCAUCACUGUGAAAUUCUGCAACAUUCAUGAACAAUAGUAAAAGCAGCAGGCUGUUUAGCUGUUGGUCCUCUUUUCUUUUUAAUUCUUACCUUCUAAUCAGUUUUCUGUUGUUGCACACUUUAUUUUACCAUAUUUGUGAAAAAACGCUGUUUUAAUCAGUCAGUGCUGAGGAGAAGGCUUAAUGGUCCAGAAGUGGGACUUAAAGUGCAUAUGUUGUGACACUACUGUACUGUGCCUUGCCCAUGAGCUAACCACUGACUCCCCUGGUAUUGAUAAGGGGGGAAAUUCGAUUUACUGAUGAGAAAACGUUAAAGUUUUUGCCCAGCCUAUUCUCAGUUCUCAGUUUACUGCAUAAUCUUUUUUUAGAUGUGCAAAUGUAGUUUCCUGUCUGAUAUCCAGCUUGCUGGGUUAUGUUCAGCUUUCUGUUCUUGUGUCCUCCCUGCCUGCAGACCACCACCCUCUUUGUAUUAAGUGUUGUAGAUAAUGUUGAUGACUAUCUAAUAAAGUUUAUGAAUAUUG